AUGCCUCAGCGAGUCGUUCUCAACGUAGGGAGCCUCCAAGCAGAAUACGAACUAGAGGAAUGGAAGGGGACACGAGCUACUGAGAGGAAUGCAAAAACUUCAAAGGGGCCCCGGCAUGACAGCCGCACCCUCGAUAAAGAUGAGAGAGUCUUACGCGAGAAGCGGGACACGACUAACCCUGUCGCUCAUUACGGAACUAUCGCGUCUGGAAACUGUUUCGUGAAGGAUGCUGUUACUCGCGAUAGAAUUUUAGAGGACCUUGACGGGGAUUUUAUCUACUUUGAGAUGGAAGCGGCUGGCCUAAUAAAUCACUUCCCGUAUCAUACCAUUCGCCGCAUCUGUGAUUAUACCGAUUCACACAAGAACGAUCAGUGGCAGCGCUAUACUUAUAUAGUUUCUGAUGCCUACGGCAAAGUGCUCCUUAGAUAUAUUCCGACUAACAGCCUCUACGAGUCACAACGGGCUAUUGGUUUGCUUGAAUCGAGUUAG